UAUUAACAUUUUAAAAAAUUUAAGAAGUUAAGAUCAAUCCUUAGAAACAUAGAUAUUUCUAGUAAUACCGUAAAUCAAAUAUGCAUUUAUCACAGCUGAAUUUAAAGUUUCAAGUUUCAACGGUUAAGUUUCAAAAUAUUGCAACAUGGCUCGGCCAGGCUGCCAUCUCUUGGUGGCUGAGCGAUCUGCACUGGCACGGUUACGGAUAACGUGCUCUGUUACCCAUGACUCGAGUACAUCGAGCUCGUUUACCCCCUCCUCGUAUUGCUAGUUGCAAGUCGCUAGACUCGCUACCUAAUCUUUAAACUGUUGAGCUGUUCAACUGUUGCCGCUUUCCAGCAUCUGAAUGGCCUCCUCAAACCGUACUUCAUCCACGGUGCCUCAGCAGCACAACCCCGUCUCCAGCGUCAUGAAUGGCAUGAAACAGAUGUUAACCAGCGGAGAACUGAGCGAUGUGCAAUUUUCCGUUGGGCGUCAAUUUGGUCAAGCGAAGAUCUUCCGAGCUCACAAGUACGUUCUGAGUAUGCACAGCUCUGUGUUCCGCACCAUGUUUUACGGCAGUCUGCCCGAAAGCUGCAAAGUUCCCAUCGAGAUCGCCGAUUUUCUUCCCGACGCGUUUGCCAACAUGCUCAGUUACAUGUACACGGACAAAGCGGAGAACCUGAACGCGGACAACGUGUUCCACACCAUGAACUGCGCCGACAAGUAUGACUUUGCGCCGUUGAUGCAGGUGUGCUUGGAGAUGAUCUACAGCAAGCUGAACAUCGACAACUGCCUUUCCGCUUUGGAACAGGCCGUCCACUGGCAUGCUGACGGUAUCGCGGAGAAAUGCUUUAAUUUGUUGGAUGAGAAAAGUGUGGCGGUUCUGCAAUCACCGACAUUCACUGCCAUUGGUCAGGACCUACUGAAGACCAUAUUGUCGCGGGAUUCACUGACUGCUCCGGAAUACGACAUCUAUUUGGCCGUUGAACGAUGGACUGAGGCAGCUUGCCAUCGGCAGGACAUGCAGCCGUCCGCCAUGAACCGACGUCAGAUGUUGGGCGAGGCGCUGUACUUGCUGCGGUUUCCACUUCUCACCAACGCAGAACUGGCUGACGGUCCCGUACAGAGCGGUUUGCUAACGGAAUCCGAGUUGUUCCGCUUAUUUGUGUACCAGAAUGCCGCAGCGAAGCCGGAGGUUCCGUUUCCCACUGAGCCACGCACGGGUCAAGAGGGAGUGUUGAGGAGGGGAGACGAUGUGUUUGUUCGAUUCUCUGUAACACAUUCCAUGAUGCACUUCACUAGCACAACCUUUUGGGAGCCAGCCACAGUACAGCUGGUCCAUCAGCAGAACGUGGUGUUCACUUGGUGUAAGAAUCAAAUCCACAAGGAAGGCCUUGCACCGGUAGGCGAGGUGGUUCGAGCUAGGGACAUCUUGAAACCUGACCAGACGGUUUUUGUUACUUCGUUGAAUACUAUUGGACAAUACAGCAGUGCUGAGAUUAACGGAAACCAUCGGGUCACCUUGCACGGAUACAACGGAGAUCGUACUGUUGAAUUCGCUGAUUUGAAGAUUCGCGCAGAAGAUCUAGCGUCAUGGAAGGGACAACGCGGAAAAACGAAAGAAUCGUUGACCAGAUCUUCUUAUCCUGUACAGUGAAGUUUGUAGAACCAGCUGUCAGGUUUAUCGUCUUAGCGGUUCAUUCUUAUAAUCGUUUUUGUGUUGGUUUGUGUGUGCUGUUUUUCAGUUAGAUUUGUUACUUCGUUUAAUACUAUUGGAUAGAUUAUGCCUACUGGCUUUAAGUAUUUGAUUAAUGUUAACUGUUUUGCAAAUUUGGCAUUGAUACUUUUCGUACCGAUUGCACUUUUUGCAUCUAGGAAGCAGAA